AUUUUUAUCGAGCUUAAGUACUACUUACCAUUGGUUGAUGCUGGAGCCUCAGAAGGGUCACCCUUGGACUCUGGACCCACAACACCUUUGCCAGACAAAAAGUUAUGGUGUUCAUUCUUGACGGGCUUCAAAAGUUUGUGCUUUCUUUUGUAGCUUCUUAGAUUUUCUUUUUUUGUUUUUUCCUUGUACUGUUCUAUUUGGGUUUUUGAUUAUUGUAAGCUGAUUGCCUCUUUAAAUUUCAACUGCAGGAAAGACACUUAUGGGUUUUCUCAGAACCUGUUGACCCAAACGGGUGCUUUUUUUGGAAAAUGUUGCAUACAUAAUGAUGAUUCUUAAUUGCCCCUUUUGUUAAAUUGGUACUGAAAUAGUCUUUAUGCAGCUUCCUGAUUACCAUGAAAUUAUUGAGCGUCUGAUGGAUUCUCGAACUGUCAGGAAGAAACUAGGGGAGGGGCAUUAUUCCAACUUGGAUGAGUUUCAGUCUAUAAUUGAGCAUGGUGCACUUCCAUGCUUGCUGAAUCUAUUAACCCAUAAUCAUAAGAGGAGCAUCAAGAAAAAAGCUUGUUGGACAAUCUCAAACAUUACUGCUGGAAACAAGGAACAAUUACAGGUUUUGUUGAGAGAGUAGUUGAUAUAAUCGAGCGGGUGACCUUUGGGAGCCAAACUAAGAUUAUGUUGCUCUUUCUUUUGUUGUUGUUGUUGU